AUGAGCGCCCAAGUACAGCAACCACAGCUCACCGACGACCAGUGGCUGCAGCUGCACCGCGACCAGCUCGUAAAACAAAACGUGCCGGCCGCCGUGCAUUCAAUAAUAGCGAGGAAGAUGAACCACGAGAUAUUCGACUGUUCGACAACGUUUGCGCUGCAGGACGGGACAACGCGCGUCGUCAAAGCGACGCCAAAACACGGUGAUGCGUGGAUUUCGGACCACGCCUUGGUCUUCCGCGCGCCGACGGACGCCAAAGCAGCUCUUGCACAGUACCCGGGCCUCGCGGAGCGCUUCGCGACGAUGGCGCGCUGUGAGCCCGAGGACGCACUCGACAAAGCCAUCUGGAGGUACGCGCAGGCCCUGCCCGGCGCGCGGCCGCCCGUGUGGUGCGUCGAAGAUGAAAUUGGCAAUGGCUUCAUGCGAGGGUCGCCCGUCGCUAUCGGCACGGCUCAUAUUACAGACCGGAGGACGGGCGACACGUUCGCCGUUUAUUGGCCUGAGGGCGACUUGGACGUGGGCAGCGCCCCGAGGCGCGACCCGUAUCCGCACAUCAAACCAGGAUUACGUAGAGACGCUUUACUAAGUGCGAGCGCGGACUCGUCGGAGCGCUGGCGAGCGGCCUACGCCGCGUUCUCGAAGCCUGAAAGCGCUUCUGCUGAGGUUCCGGCCUCGUCCAACACAAAACCACCGGCAACGACUCCUCUCAAAGUCUGGACCGACGUCGCCUGGACCUCCGAGGUCACGGACCCACGAAUAGAAUUUGUGGAGGACGCGUCAACUGCCGACGCCGUUUUCGCCCAUUCCGGCGGUGGGAAGUAUCAAGUUCUCAAACACCAGCUGGUGUCGUGGUUCGCCUACGAGGCGGCGCUGAUCAAGAAGGACCACCUCGCGGCGACGUUACGAAGAGCCGGCCUGGCGCACCUGGCACCCGUCACGUUUGAUCUGGAGACGGAGCUCGACGCGCUGCUGGGCUUCCUUGUUGCCAGCCGUGUGGAAAUCAAAUUUCGGGCGCCCCACGCCAUCGACGCGAUGGUGUCACCGUAACUGCGUCUGCUCGAUGGCGUGGCGAUUCCACGCCAUCGACGCGACGUCCCCGUGACCACGUCGGCUCGAUGGCGUGGAGGCUCACGAAGUCCACGCAACAUUUCUCAGGAUAGCCUAGCUCACUGGUUGAUGUCCACGCAGGCCGCCACCGACGCCCACGUCAUCCUGAAGCCCUACGAUCUUGGGCGGUCGAUAGGCCACAGCGUGACCAAGUCGAUCCCCCAGGUCCUCGCGUAUGCCGCGGCGGGCGGCUACGUGGCCCAGCGCUACGUCGAAAGGCCGCACGCGCUGCCGACCGAUUCGAGGGGGCGCAAGUACGAUAUAAGGGUGGUGGCCCUCCUGCGGUCGGCAUCACCUUUGGAACUCUACGCGCACGACCACGUGUAUGUCAGGUGCGCGAACAAGGCGCACUCACUCUCAAACUUGGACGACGUCGAGGUCGCGCUCACGGCCAUGCACCUCGUGGAGCGGGAGGCGGACUACCCAACAACUAGCGCCUUUAUCGAAGCGUUCGACAAGGAGAACCCGUCGAGGCCCUGGGAUUCGGUCAUGGCCGACGUCCGCGCGACGCUAAGGAAAGCCUUCGCCGCGUGCGCUUCUCUGCACGCGGGCUUCGCUUCUUCAUCCAACAGUCGUAGCGCCUACGGCUGCGACUUCAUGCUCGACGCGGAUCUGAAGCCGUUGUUGCUAGAGGUGACCUUCGCUCCGGCUCCGCUCUGGUCGUCGGAGAGCAUGCCGGCGCGCGUCGACGGCGUCGCCGACGAUAUCUUCCGGACGCUGUUUUUUGGGGAGACGGCGCGGGUGACUCGGUGUUAA